GCCUGUUUUUGUACAGUUAAGGUGCUUUAGCACAGUUAAAUAUUGAAUUAAAAAGCGUCAAGCUGAGCUAAUAAAAUUUUCCCGUCCGAAUUAAGAUUCAAAGUGAAAAGAGGCAUUUGCCAUGUUUGUUUACAAAUAGCUUUGCAUGCUUUUGCUGCUAAUCUUUCUUUUUUUAUAUUAUAAUUUGUAUAUUUAAUUGUUAGAGUUUUAUUUAAAAGAUUUAUUUCAAAUAUUUUUUAAAGCUAUGGAUAAAAUAAAAGUCAACAAUCAGGUGGUUCAAAUGCGGAAACAUGUCAAACGUGCCAAAUUGUUUGCUAUCAAUAAGUUCACCAAACAACUCAAGCAGUUGCAAAACAAAAAGGGCAAUGAUAGCCAAGCUGAAAAAAAUCAAAGAAAAGUUGAGAGGCUUUUAGAAAAAAUUAAAAUACUUAAGAAAAUGCUGCCUGAUUUUGUGAGCAAAAAAGCAUUAUCAAAAGCACAAAAUUGGAAUACUCUUUUAACCCAGAAAAAUAUCCCUCUGGAAGAUCAGUGUCUGGCCUUAUUAGCUAAUGACAGUGAGAUUCAAAAAGAAGUUGAAAAGUUUCGUGCUAAAGAGUGUCAUUUAGUGGAGAAAAUUCCAACUCUUCUUUUGGAAUGGGAAAUAAAGAGUCAAAUGCCCAAAUCUCCCGACAAGAAAAAGAAGGCGUCUGACAUAAAGAGACAGAAGUUGGAAAAAAUUGCAAAGAAGAAAAGGAGCAACUUUAAAGGCGCUACUUUCCCAAACAAUGUCGCAGUAGACAAAAGUCUUAGCUCACCAAAUCUUAAGAAGAGAAAGUUUUCACAAAAUUCUAAUGUAGAAGAUAUGGACGCAAAUGAAAAAAACCCAAACGAAAAUCCAGAACUUAUGGAAUAUGGUACCAAUGAUAAGGAUCAGCUGAACUCAGAAUCGUCGAAUAAUGCCAGUGGCAGUGACGAAGGGAUGGAAGAAUUUUUCACAAAAUCUGCUGAAAGCAAAAAAAACUUAGUGUCUAAAAAGCAAACAAUUAAUAAGAACACAUGUCACAAAAGUGCUAAGACAUCAGAUCCUAAAGGAAUGCCUUCAGAAAAUUCUAAUGUAAUAGAAAGUGAUGUGGAUGAAGAAAAUGAGGAUGAAAUCUCUGAUUUAAUGGAAGACGAUUUAAAGGAUGAUGAUCAGUUUAAUUCAGAAUCAUCUAAUAAUUCUAGUGUUGGUGAUUCAGAAGAAUUUUUUGAAAAUGCUGCCAAAAGUAAAAAACACUCUGCAUCUAAAAAGACAAUAAGUAAGAACUGUGCACGUAAUGAAACUAAAGAUUCCCCAAGUAAUGUUAAAUCUUCAAAUGAAGAAGAGAGUAGAGAUUCAUGCAAGAAUAAUAUUAAAGAUAGUAUUUCUUCUAAAGUAGAAUCAACUGAAGGCUCAGCCACCAACACCCAACCUUCAAUAUUUGAAAGACUGGCUGCACUCGCUAAUAGAGAUGCCAGAAAACUGAAGCCUAAAAAUAAAUCAAAUACUCGGAAUACAAAAGCUAUCAAAGUUCUUGACUUAAAUGAACUGCAAGAUUCUGAGCUAAUUCCUGUUCAAAGUUCUCCCACCCAUUCUGAAGAGCUUGACACUCCGCAAACUGCUGUGCCAAAAAAGGAUUCAUUUUUUCUGAAUGGAGACAAGGAGGUUGAGAGUAGUGAUGAUGAUAAAUCAAAUGCAAACAGUUAUAGGCACUCCCAAACUAAACGUAAAUUCUCCGAUUUCGAUAAAAGUGCGAGAGGUGGCGAAUUUAAGAGAAAUAAUAUUACUGAUAAGCCUCGUAAAUCUUUCAACAGUUUUAAAGAUAAAGAUUUUAGUGGAAAUGAAAAUCGAUUUCAAAAUAAAAAAAGGAAAGAUUUUAAUAGAAAUGAAAAUAGAUUUCAAAAUAAGGGAGAAGAUUUUAAUAGAAAUGAAAAUAGAUUUCAAGGUAAAGGAAAAGAUUUUAAUCGAAAUGAAAAUAAAUUUCAAAAUAAAAAAGAAGAAUGUUUUAAUCGCAAAGAAAAGAGAUUUCAGAAAAAUAUAAAAGGGGAUUUCCAGCUGAAAAAUAUCAAAAAAUUUGAUAACAAAUCUAGAAGAAAUCCUCAAGAUGACUCAUUCAAUCAUGGAAGAGAGAAUAAGAAUAGCACAAUGAGUAAUAGUUUUCAAUCAAAGAAACAAUCAAAUGAAAAAGGUGAGAAAAAUGUUAAUCUGCAUCCAUCGUGGGAAGCAAAAAAUAAAUUGAAAGAAGCUGCAAAAAGUGGAUUUAAAGGAAAGAGAAUUGUAUUUGAUUAGUGAUUUAAAUUUUGUUUUUGGUGUAAAUAAAUUCUCAUAUA